CUUUCACUUAGGUCGAAGUGUUUCUCCUACCCUUCCUCGCUGCCUCUCUCACGUUCUUGAAAUCUAUCGCGAACGAGAAAAUCCAGGGUAAAACCUACCCACAAACUUUAUUCGCACUGUGAGACAACUAGCUCUUCACGACACCGCUUUCCACCAAAGAAAACCUCACCUCCGAUGGCAACCAGAGAAUUGUCAGGUCUAGGUCAAAUCACUUCCGUGCCAACACUGGACGAAGCAGCAGCCCUCUCUGCUCCUGGUGAACCUCCGAUGAAGCCCGCCAAAAUGCCAGUUGGGGAGUGCUUCUUACUAGAUAAACUACCGCCAGAGCUUCGUUUGGCAGUGUACGAGGAGCUCCUCCUUGCAGAUGAACCUAUCCGGGGUCGAGUCUCCAGAAAGGAGAAGAAGUACGGAUUGUCCCCUGCUAUUCUCGCCGUCAGCCGCCAGAUCUACGAUGAAGCGCAUCAAGUGUUCUUUGGCAAAAACACCUUCGUGAUCACGAGCAUCCCAGAGGAUAUAAACACCGAGGCCUCCAAAGAAUCUUCCCCCGAAGCCAAGAUCAAAGCUCUUGGUCGCUUCGACCCCCCACUUCAUCCCGUACGCUGGUUGUCCAUCCGCCAUCUCACCAUUGACCUCCUCUACUACCCCGCCAAAGCCUCAACUUCCGCUCCAAGACUCGAGUCCUUCAAACUCCAUGAAGAUCCCGCCGCUGUUGUCUACAUCUCCAACGUAGUCUCCGUCCUUCGGGUCAGCGGCCCAAAACUCAAAUCCUUCAAACUAGCCGCUUCAGUCAACCACCAUUUCUGCGCGCGCCGCUCGCUGAUCUCGUUCUGUGUCUGCGAUCGUGACAGAGACUUUGUUUCCGCGUUAGCUGCAGUCCCGCUGAAGAAAAUGCCGUUUCACUUUGACUUUGCGGAGAGCUACUAUCAUACCGAGUUGCGCCCGAAUGUCUUUGUGACGAGGAGUAUCUUGUUGCUCGCGUGCCAGGUCAUGUUUUGCCAGAGCCAGGUCAAGAUUGAUCGUAUGCUGGCUAUGUUUGAGAAUGGGGUGCUAAAGCCAGAGAGUGGGGUUAAAGAGAAAAUGGAUCUGGCGCCAUAUUUGGAGCGAAAAGUCCAGAGUGUGGCUUUGAAGGCGGAUUGACCGGGUUUGAG